UGCUCCUCUCCUGUCCCGCUGCUCCGGCUCCAGUCUCUCCGGGGAAACAGCCAUGGAAGGCGACAACAUAAUAAUGCCCGUCUGACUCGGCGGAGGAGGCUUUUCAAGAUGCCAGGCCUUUUGUCCAGUCCUGUGUGUCUGACAGUCAUCUGGUUUCUGUCCUGGUCGCUGCAUCCUAGUUGUGCUCAGAUUCGGACUGAUGAAGUGUCAGGCGUGCAGUACGGGCACCUGGAGUCGAAUGUGACACUGGCAUGCGGGAAGUCGCAAAUCAGGAUGCCUGUGGUGUGGCAUCUCAACCACAGCUCCGCGCUGCCGUGGCACGAAGUGACAUCCAACGGCACCUUGGUCCUGCUGCAGGUCGACCACUCGGCACAGGGCCUCUACAGCUGCUACGAUACCCGCGGGCUGCUCCUUCACUCGGCCAAACUCCGGCUUGGUCAUUCCCCCGGGCUGCUGAGUGUUUCCUGUCGAGUGCCCAAUCACACCCACGUGCGCUGCUCCUGGGCGGACUCGGUGAGGACCUUCCUGCCAGCCCAGUACAACGCCUCCUUCAAGGGCAAAGGUCAUGAUUGGAGGCCGUGUGUCGUGGACGUCGCCCGAAAGCGUUGUGAUGUAGACCACCCCGCCUUCUGGCAGACCCUUCACACUCUUCGAGUCAUGGAGACCAACGCCCUGGGGUCUAUGACCACAUUUCACACCGUCAAGUUAGACAAGCUAUUGAAGCCAGACCCUCCAGAGGCCGUGGUGGUGAAGGCACAAGAAGGUUAUCCAAAGAGGCUGAACGUCUCCUGGAAGGUUCCCUCCUCCUGGCCGGUGGAGGAUGCAUUUCCCCUGGUGUUCCACAUCAGAUACAGGCCGCAGGGCUCCGUGUACUGGUCCGAGAUCUACUCGGAGGUGAGUCCGGUCGUGGUGUUAGACGCUCUGGCUGGUCACCUGCACCAGGUGCAGAUUCGAACCCGCGACGAGCUGGACGCAGAGAGCCAGUGGAGUGAAUGGAGUUCGCUGCUUCUCAUCCAGCCCUGGGAAGCCUACACCACCUCGACUGACCCCACCGAGGACUCAGAGGAAACCUCAGACAAUGAUGUUCCCUUCAACACGAAGCCUGAGACCUCGACUGCAAAAACACACAAUCCUGUGAUUGAAGGUGAAGGUAAUUUGGGUUUGGUGAUUUUGCUGGUUUUGUUCUCCGUGGUCAUCCUCAUCACCGUCCCCUCCCUCAUCUAUGUAGUGUGGGUGAGGCAGAGGCGGAGUGAUCACGUGACCAAACAGGAACUCACCUCUAUGGUCAAGAUGAAGGCCAUGCCAAUCUAAUGUUGAUUUCAAGGAUCUCCCCAUCAUCAGCCCGUUGUAGGGCUCCUCACACCAUGAACCACGCUGCGUCCGAGUCCGUCCGAGAUCCAGGACGACAGGACACACACAUACACGGAACUGUUUGUACUGAGUGUAUACAAGCUGACUGAAGGGUUUUUGCACAAAUCACAUGUGCAGGAUUUUUCCUGGACACAUUCAAUGCUUACGCCUGACUGCACUACCCAGAAUGCAUCAGCCGACUCCCUUCCACUGUCCACGGGGGGACACAGAAAUCGUGUCUUCGCUCGCUUCACCGCAGCUCACGCCUCCACAGACUGUGGGAGCGACGCUGCACCGGGACGAUCGAGUUCACUCACAACCGACGCUGCUUCAGGUGGACUGACCCCUCGACCCGUUCAGGGAGAGAGGGGUGACCUUGUUUUUUUAACCAUUGAAACUUUUAAGUAACAGAUUAUUACAGGAAGUGCAGCUGCCAAACAGGAGAACAGAAGAUUUUUAUUUUCUUUGUGGGACAACUUGCUUCUUUUUUCCCCCGAACCCCGAACUCCUCACUUUCUUGUUUUUAAUUUUGUUUGAGAUUCAGAUUUAUGUUUGUCCGUUACUACACCGACCGACUCAACGCUGUGAAGGAAGCUUAACAAGUCUCUGUGUGCGUCUAAUGCCAAAGCAGCAACUACGGGCAUUAUAGUUUCAGCUGAAAGGGCGGGAAGCGACCUGAGGGGGAUGGACACGGAGGAGAAAGUCCAGGGUGGGUGGCCUGGGUUAUUUAGACUAUAUUUCAUUUACGACAAAUGAUUUUACAUGUUGCAUGACGUGCUUGUUUUAAUUGUCUUGAUGUCAUUAGUACGCGUCACUUUGUUUUGUUUUGUUAUACCUCUUUUUCUAUCAAUCCAUCCACUGUUCCUGAAUGUGUGUGAAGAAAAGACGCACAGGAACAGAACGAGAUCAGAGAAGCGAUACGGGCCUGUCACAGAGCACCAGCAUGACCACAUUACUUCAAUAGUUAGUCAGAAAAUAUUAGAAUAUAGAUAUUCUGCUAAUACUAGACUCCAAAGAAACAAUUACUUCGUUCUUUGGAAAUGGUUUAAUGUCGUUUUUUUUCUCUAAGACAUUAAACAGUAUCAAUUCAUAGAUAGAAAUUAGACUCAGUGAAAUUGGAUCCAAUCUGGUUAUUUUUCACUUUCAUGAUAUAAAUAGUCAUCAAUUAAACUAAAUAGUCAAAAGUCAAAGCAAAUAAUAAUUCUGCAUCGUCCAAGACAGUGUCUUCAAAUUGAUUAUUUUGCUUUUUUCACAGAUAUUAAGUUUAAAAGAUUUGAAAUUUGAGGAAAAACCUAUUUCAGCUCGUUGUCCUGGUUACAACAUUAAAUAAAUUAAUUAAAUCAGCCAUUUUAUUACUCAAAGAAAAAGUAUGGCUACAAUAUAAUUUACUACCUAGAGACCAUUUUAAGAAGAGUCUAUAAAGGUUUGAUUAUGUAAGCGUCACUGAUAAGAUGAAAAAUUUAUAAAUAGAUGUUCUUAGUGGAAUGCACCUGAUGUUGUGAGCUCUCACAAUCACAGCUAUCAUGCUGCUGCAAAGUGGAGACAGACCAGGACAUGGAUUGUGGACAGUUACUAUGGCAACAAGUAGCAGCUUGUGUCCACAGCAGUUGGCUCACGUCCAGUGUGUAGGGAUGAAUGUUGAUGGGGGGGUUUGCUGACGUGAUUUCUUGCACGUCUGGUGAAGUUUAGGAUGAAAUUAAAAAGUGGGGCAUUGACACAGAAUCAAUAGGAUUGAACAGCUGCAGUUAAAGUUUAUACUGGGGUUAAGGUUAGAGUUAGAAUGACAUGGCAGAGAACAGGACUCACAAUAUACUGAACUGUCGAGCUUCCACUUUGAAAGUCCAGUUAAUGCAGCUGAGUCCGAGCAUGGUUGUGUGUGGGCGUGUGCACCAGCCGACGUAGCAGCUUAUCUUGAUCACCCCCUGGUGGCUAGCUGCAGUAUCGGUCAGAAACCCUGCCUACUAAAAUACACGUUAAAUCCAUUUUUCUCAAAUGUGUUUUCUGUCAAUUUAGGUGAUUCCCAUCACACCGAUGACUGACCUUCAAAGUGCAAGAUGGCAGCAGCUGUAUACAGAAUAUUUUAUUAUCCAUCUUUAUAUACAGUCCAUGAUUUCACCGUUUGAGAGACUUACAGUUACAGGGGGCAGCUUACGUUAAAACCUUUCUUUCCUCCUUUUGUUUCUGUCGGCCCGGCUGUUCUAUGUUCUGUUGAUCCAAAGCUGUGUAGUUUUUCAGAUUGACUGACUGUGUAGUUUGUAUCAGAAACACAAGGUGCAUAUAAGUCGAACUCUUUCCGGUUUGACGACUGUAUGCUCUCUCAAGCUAGCUCGACAUAUUAUGCAUGAAUCCAGUUGAAGCUUUUUUUUGUAUAUUAUUGUAUAUCACACUUUAAAAAAAAAAAGUACAUAUGUAUGUUAUACGUGAUGUUUAUAUGUAGAGAAAAAAACGUCUUUGGGAUAGUUUCACACACAUGGUUUAACUCAGUCAGUAGAUUAGCAGUUGAAAUUUAAUGAGUUCUUUGUUGGCAAAUGUUCCAUCCUUCCACCAAGUUUCGUGGAAAUCUGGUCCGUUGUUUUUUGGCAAUCCUGUUCACAACCAAACAGACAGUGAAAAGGAAGAUCUCUUCACAAAGUUUGGUGGACAUUGGUUUGGUAGUUUUUGCGUAAUCCUGCUAACAACAACAACAACAACAACAACAUCGUCACAGGUGGAAACAAAACCUCUUUUGUGUAGUUAGAAUUCGGAUUUUAACAUCUAUCUUCUAAGUUUCUAUAGAAUCAGUAAUUUCUGUAACAUUUCAAUGCAAAUUCUUGAAAGUGCCACAAGGGAGAUUCCUGGUGUAAAACAUCUACUGACUGAAAAUAACCCAUGUGUGCAGAAACUUCCCCCUGUUGUGUGUUUGUGUCUUUUCUCCCCAGUUAUAUGAAGCUGUUGUUACUGUACAUUUACUGUAUGGACAAUGUGUUUACUGAAUUUGUCUUCGUCCAACGUGCGUUCCCAAGUUCACUGUUCACCUUCGUUCACGUCUUCGUUUUCAGAUGAACCACAAAUUGAUCUUUAUUUCUUCCUGUUUCAACUCUAACACAGAAAGCAAAACCAUUUUAUUUUAUCUUACUUUGAAAGGUAGAUAAAGUUUAGAUGGGUGUUUAAACCGGAAAUCUAUAAAGCCUUUAAACUAAAAUACUUUUAGAGUAUACUUUAUUAAUUGUUAAAUUAAGAUAGCUAUAUUUUUAAUCAAAAGUUUAGAUUUUCUGGUACAAGAAUAUAAUUUUUUAACAAUUUAAGCAGGAAAAAAAAGCGAGACUUCUCCCUAAAAGAUUUUUUUAUAAUAAAAUUAAAUAUCGACCAUCCUUCACAUUGAGUUUAAUGUGGGUGAUGUUUAGUAUCUGAGCGUUUUCCACCCUGUCCAUUCAGGUUCUUGUCAUUUUGUCUCUAUCUGUCACUUCAGUGGCGUUUUCUGUUUGUGUGAAUGCACUUGUGUUUUUUCCUCCGUCUCCUCCAUGAUCCUCUGCAGUAUGUGACAGCAGAUGGAGCCUCUGCUGGUUUUAGUUCUUACGACUCAAAUUACACUCAGGCGUCCAUUCUCAGAUGUACAUAGUCUUUUUUUUUUUUUUGCUUCAUGUGUACGACAGAUCUCACUAUAAGCUGUUUUGUUUUUUCUCCCCGUCUUUGUAUGUUUCUGUGAAAUAAAGACUAUUUUAUCACAA